AUGUCUUCUCCCAAGACUCGUGCCCAGGAUUCGUCCACCUCAGUUCCUCCUGAUUACAUCACUGGGGCUGGGGUUGACAACCAUGCCAUAGAGGUCAGAAGCAAGCUCCAUCCUUUUGCCCAAAAGAACCUGGAUGAGAAUGUCCUUCACCUGUUCAAGAAUACUCUGGUUUUGGGUCCACACUGGUUUGGCCCAGUUCCGACUGAGAUGGCAAAAUUGAUGAAAAAGGAUGUUGAAGCUCCUUUAUGUUUUGAGAGCACUUCUGCCUUGGCCUCUCAUUCUUGGGUCAGCAAGAAUCUGAGCCGUUCAUUCCCAUCCAGUAAAGUGAGAAACAGUUCAGUGAAAUGGGUAGACUGGAUUGACAGACUCCUUCCAAGAUAUGGAGCUCACUGGAAUACUUCUGUCCAAGCAUUCCAUCAAUAG